UAGAUUUGAUCUAAGCUCUCUUUCUUCCUCUUCUUCCAAAUAUGGCAGGGAAGAGGUUGUUCCAAGAUCUUGAUUCCGACCAAGAUCAAAAUAAUUCAGACAAACGAAUUAAAUCUCUACCAUCCUUUUCCUCUGUGCUUGGAGCAUUGAUCACGGAGACCACCAUGAAGAGCUUCUCUUCAGCCCUAGAGCCCGUUCUUCGAAAAGUUGUAAGACAAGAAGUGGAAUACGGAAUAAGUAAAAGAUUCCGAUUUUCUCGGUCGUCGUCGUUCCGGGUGGAAGCUCCGGAGAAUACUACUCCGACGUUAAAGCUAAUGUUCCGUAAGUGCUUAAUGACACCAAUAUUCACCGGAAGCAAAAUCAGUGACGUGGACAACAAUCAACUUGAGAUCAUCCUCGUCGACGGUUCAAACAAUCAGGUGAACCUCGACCGUCCGAUCAAACUAGACAUAGUUCCUCUUCACGGAGAUUUUCCUUCGGGUGAGAAAUGGAGUAGUGAUGAGUUUGAGAGCAACAUCGUCAAAGAAAGGGACGGGAAACGUCCAUUACUUGCCGGAGACGUAUCAUUGACGGUGAGAAACGGCGUUGCGACGAUCGGAGAAAUCGUGUUCACAGAUAACUCGAGUUGGAUUCGUAGCCGCAAGUUUAGAAUCGGUGCGAAAGUUGCCAAAGGUAGUAGCGACCAAGGUGUCGCGAUUUGUGAAGCCAUGACUGAAGCGAUUGUUGUUAGAGAUCAUCGUGGAGAAUUGUACAAGAAACAUUACCCACCAAUGUUAGAAGACGAAGUGUGGCGGCUAGAGAAGAUAGGCAAAGAUGGGGCCUUUCACAAGAAGCUCUCCUCCAUGAACAUCAACACCGUCCAAGACUUUUUGAAGUUAUCAGUCGUUAACCCCGAACAACUUCGUCAGAUUUUGGGCCCUGGAAUGUCUGAUAAAAUGUGGGAAGUAACAUUAAAACAUGCUAGAGAGUGUGUUUUGGGAAAUAAGUUAUACAUCUCCAAAGGACCGAAUUAUUUCAUGAUUCUGAAUCCGAUAUGCGAAGUUAUGAAAGCAAGGAUCGAUGGUCAUGAUUUCUCUAGCCAAGAAGCCCUGAAUCAGCACUACGUUAAGGACUUAGUUCGAGAAGCUUACUUAAAGUGGACCUUGUUAGAAGUGAGCGAAAGAACAAGGAACGAGACUGCUCUUUCGACACAAGGUGAUGGGUUGGAGCAACAAUAUGCUGAGGGCCACUACCACAACAUCGAAAUCAAUAGAUCAUAUCAACAAAACGGAUAUGUUCACGAGAGUGUUACGAACAACUCAGAGAUAGUAAACGAAGGGUAUCUAUCGACUCCAGCGGAAUACGACAUAUGUUUCAUCGGAUCUUCGUCCCAAAACCAUAUAAACCCCUUCUAAAUGAUCAUCUAUCUACCGUCAGUAUUGGAAGACAGACACACCCAAUGGUGCAGCGUUGACAGCGAAUUGGACUCUCUCUAAAUGAGGGUUUUUCUAAUCUACUACAUGGUAAAACAUGUAAUCUAUAUCUGCAGAUCCCAUCAGUGUACAUAAAAGUGUGAAAUCUAGAGUCAUCUUUUUUUCGUUGAAUGGUAUACCACUUGUUCACGUUUUCAUCUAAAUAUGAAAACGUUGUUUUUUACCAUUCACAAUUUUAACAAAUUUUUACUUUUUAGCAAUGUAUAACGUUUCGUGAUUGUCCAACACAAAUCUGUUCCGCUCUAGAUGUUUCCACUUAAUCGUUAUUUGGAUAUACAUCAUAACAUUUAAGCA